GUGUAAAUCCCACCAAAACAAAUCGCGUGAGUCUUUCAGUGACGUGGCUGACAGGGAGAAACCCACCAGAAAGAAGAGGAGCAAGAUCACUUAGAAGACAUAAACGGUGAGUAUGUACUAAGAUGUCAGACAGCGAGGACCACAGUGACUCAGGAGCGAAUCUGGGCGCCCAGGAGUCGGGCAGCUCGGAGCAGCCACCCUCCCCAGUGACCUCCCCUGAGGCUGAUGGGGAGAAUGACGUAGAUGCGGUGCCGGUUCGAAAGACCCGCAGGAGACCAGAGAACAAACCGCUCGCUGAAUCUGAGCUGCCCUCCACAGAUCCUAAAAAAGAGGGAGAUCCUGCAAAUGCAUCGGCUAAGACAACGGUGGCGCAGGGAGGUUGGGGCUAUUGGGGGAGCUGGGGAAAAUCUCUCAUUUCCAGUGCCUCAGCCACAGUGGCCAGUGUUGGUCAAGGGAUUUCUCAUGUCAUUGAGAAGGCAGAGACAUCACUUGGAAUACCCAGUCCAGUGGAACUGUCUACACAGGUCAAAGAAGAAGAGAAGGAAUACCAUGAAGCCAGCAGCGAAGGUAACGGUCAAGACACGUCCGCAGUGAGUGGAGCGCUGGGAAUGUUUUCAUCUCUCUCAAAUGUUGUCCAGAGCACUGGAAAAACUGUGAUUACUGGUGGCUUGGAUGCUCUGGAGUUCAUUGGUAAGAAGACCAUGGAUGUUCUUGCAGAAGGAGAUCCAGGAUUUAAGAGAACAAAGGGACUCAUGAAUAGAACCACCACUUUAUCCCAGGUUUUAAGGGAAGCGAAGGAGAGAGAAGAGAAGCAGACUGGAGAAGAGGUGUCUUCGGAGACUGACAAGAAGGCCCAUUACGGUGUGCUCUUUGAUGAGUUUCAAGGCCUGUCCCACUUGGAAGCCCUCGAAAUCCUGUCCCGAGAGAGUGAGGCAAAGGUGAAGUGUGUCCUGACCACCCUGUCAGGUCACGAGUUGGCCCAGCUCAAAGAGGAGCUCGAACUAAUCAAAGACCAAUUCUCACUGGUGGAGUUUGAUGAUGAGGAGGUGGAUGAGAAGAAAGAUGACAGUGGGACUGAGUUUGUGAAGGAACUGACAGACGCGCUGGCGGAACUGCAUAUAGCGACAGCUGCAGAUAAACUCGACAAGGCCAGGAAAAGUGCGUGUGAGUGGGUUGCUGAGGUCAGUGCGCUGGGGCAGGACUCGAAGCCGCUGGAGAAUGCGAGCGAAGAGGAAGCGCAGAGCACGUUGGAUGUCCCGAAAGCAUGGACUGCAGAGGACGUUCACUCUUCCGCAAUCAGGAGCCUGGCAGAGCUCACCGCCAGGUCUAUUGAGCAGUUCCACAAAGUGGCUGAGCUGAUCCUUCACUGCGACAGCCAUCAGGUGACGGCUGUGGAUCAGGCCAAAGCCCUGUCGCAAAUUACAGUUAUUUUGUGCAAAGAGAUAUUGCUGCUGUCCAAGAAGUUCACGUCUUGCUUAACUUCUGUAGGGUCUCAUGAAAAAGGUGAUAUUCUCAAUCCGCUCAUAACAGGAGUGUUUUUGGAGGCGUCUAACAGUGCAUCGUACAUCCAGGAUGCCUUUCAGCUGCUGCUCCCAGUGCUGGAGAUGUCCCACAUCCAGAGGAGCGCUGGGCAGUGACCGCUGCCCAUAUCUGACCUUUCAAUCUCGUGCACAUAGAAGCCGCAAGAUCAGCUCAUCUGUCCUGUCUGUUGGACCAGUCCUGCCAGGCACAUCCAUGGCUGUGUAAUUGGGGAUGAUCGGAAUCGACUUUGACAUAUGACUUUGACACAGAAUAAACCUUCACUGUCCUUACUUCAGUUGCAUCUAUAGGAAGUUGAUGAAGAAUUGGAAUGAGCGACUCAUUUGCGUUGGGUGGAUCGCUCCUUUUCUGCUAUCGGAGAGUAUGUCAAAAUAAUUGUGCUUCCUGCAGUUGUGUUGCAAUUUGUCUUAUUUAUAAGACAUAAUUUAAAAAAAAAAAAAAAAACCAUUAAUGUAUUACCUGUGUUUGACUUAGUUUGACAUGUAAAGCACUUGUGAUUUAAAAUGUCAUUUUCUAAAAAUAGGGCUGUUCAUUGUUGAAGAGGCAAAUGAGCAGAAUAAUAGAACAUAGUUUUUAAAUGUACACAAGCCAGUGCAUGAAGUUGUUAGUUUUUUUUUUUUUU